CCCCGGGAUGAUGAAGACACCGGAGAAUGUAGACUGCUUGGCCCAUUCUCACUUCUCGUCCAAGCUGCCUUGGGAGCGUUAGCUCUAUUAUCUUUGGUGUACAAGCGAUGGAGGGAACGCCCUCAACGGCCGGUAAAAGUUUGGGUGUUUGAUGUUUCGAAGCAAGUCUUCGGGUCGGCAAUGCUGCAUCUCGCCAACUUGCUCAUGUCCAUGUUUUCUGCGGGGCAGUUUGAAAUCACGAGCAGCUACAAACCAAACCCCUGUUCCUUUUAUUUGUUGAAUUUGGGGAUUGAUACUACCCUUGGUAUUCCUAUCCUUAUUUUCCUUCUGAACGUCUUAGACCGUCUGGCCAUGUAUACACCAUUGGCGAAUCCUCCAGAAUCUAUCGAAUCUGGCAAUUAUGGCCAACCACCUCGUGCCAGCUGGUGGUUCAAACAGUCCGUCAUAUACUUUGUCGGCCUCUUGGGAAUGAAGAUCUGUGUCUUCUUCCUCAUUCAGAUGUUGCCCUUUAUUGUGAAAGUUGGCGACUGGGCGCUCCGCUGGACCGAAGGCAAUACGGCGGUUCAGAUUUUCUUCGUGAUGCUACUCUUCCCGGUCAUCAUGAACGCUAUCCAGUAUUAUAUUAUCGAUACUUUCAUCAAAAAGCCUCUGUCGUCAUCUCCGGAUUCCCUAGAAGAGAGCCACAAUGCCGACCACCAAGCAUUCCAAGACCACGACCACGAUGACCGCCAUGCCUUAUUGGCCGGUUUGGAGGAUGACGCAACCGUUGACUUUGAUGAAGACUUGACAGGCAAAGGUCCAACGGUCUUAGGUAGCCCCCCACAAACGAAAGAAGCCUUGAGUCGAUUCGAUUCCUCCGAAUUCAACCCGGAAAUAGAGCGGGAGUACGGCCAGUCCCCGGCAUCAACUUCGGCCUCGAGCAGUAGCCGGGGUCAGUAUAAUGAGAUGACGCCCUCUACGAAACCCAGCACGCAA